AUGGGGGGUGGUAGCUGCUAUCCCACUGGACGAAGUCCGCAAGAACGAAGCCGACUGCUUGAUGCAGGCCAGAAUGACUAUCUCCACGCAGUAGUUGAUAUGGGCAGUAAUGGCAUUCGAUGUUCAAUCUCAGACCUCACCUCUCCUACUACCCGUGUCAUCCCCACAGUCCAUUUCCAUCGCGUCAACAUUUCUCUGUAUGAGGCACAGGUCGAUCCGAAGACAGGUGCACGCAUACCCAUCUCGCAACAUGUAAUCGAUCGCGUCAUCAGUGCCAUCGUGCGGUUUCAAAUUAUUUGCGUGGAAAUCGGUGUGCCCGCGGCCAACAUUCGCAUCAUUGCAACUGAGGCAACACGGACAGCAGUCAAUUCGGAAGCAUUCACCAACGCCAUCCUCCAGAAGACCGGCAUCAAGGUAGAGCUUUUGCGCAAAGAGGAAGAAGGCAUCAUCGGAGCAUGGGGUAUUGCCAGCAGCUUCUCUGAUGUGGAAGGUCUGGCCCUUGAUCUUGGUGGUGGGAGCAUGCAGAUGACCUGGAUCGUCUCGCAUGCCGGUAGUGUUCGCAUCAGCCCCCUUGGUGCAGUGAGCUUUCCUUACGGAGCUGCCGCCUUGACCCAGAAACUCGCCGAUUUGAAACGAGACAAAAGUGAAGAGGAUGCAAAAACGGCAACGGAACAGUUCCGCAAAGAAAUGGCAGAGAAUUUCCGCUCUGCCUUUGAACGGCUGGAGGUCCCCGACGCUCUCAAGGCCAAGGCCAGCGCUGAUGGAGGUUUCCCUCUUUAUUUAUCAGGUGGUGGCUUUCGCGGCUGGGGAUAUCUUCUGCUUUAUUUGCACCAGACUCGGGGUCAAAACUAUCCCAUCUCCAUCAUAAAUGGAUAUACCGCCCCCAAGGCAGAUUUCGAAAAUACCGACGCUCUGAAGGAGGUGGCUCGCACAGCAGACGAGAUUUUCCGGGUGUCCGACCGACGCCGAGGUCAAGUGCCAUCCGUUGCAUUCCUAGUCAACACGCUGGCAGAAUCAUUGCCCUACGGGAUCAAAGAGGCCCAUUUCUGCCAGGGAGGCGUACGUGAAGGUGUCUUGUUCCGGGAAAUGCUGCCAGUCGUUCGUCAAAAAGAUCCUCUUGAGGUUGCGACUGCUCGGUACGCCACGCCCUCGGCCGAAGCGAUUGCGGCUUUGAUGCUGGCUGCCCUCCCCCGACCGAAACAUUCUCGGUCGGUGCCGUCGAGCAUCAACGUGCACAUGGUUCAAUCUUUUGCCAACGCACUUUAUGUUCACGCCUCAAUGGCCAAGGAGCUAUCGUCUAGUUCGGCGCUUUUCAGCACGAGUACUGGCAUCCUUGCCUCGACACAUGGAAUUCCUCACGCGCACCGGGCCCUGUUGGCCUUGAUGCUUCAAGAGCGAUAUGGUGGAGAGCUGCCACCGCGGGAUGUGGGCUUCAAAUCGCAUUUGCAGAGAAUAUUGACCCCCGAGGAAGUCUGGUGGACUCGGUAUCUUGGGAAGAUUGGGUAUAUCAUUGGUCAAAUCUAUCUCACCGGUGCCAUCGACACCUCAAAGCCUCGCCUUGUUCCCUCAGCAAAGUGGGCACAGGACCUGGGCAAAAAGGGAAACAAGGAUGGGAUAGAAUUACGGAUUGCCAUUCAAAAGGUUCCAUACGACCCAAGUAACCUCAGAGAAGAAUUACAAAAGGAUACUCGAAAAAUUGAGAAGGUGGGAAAACGGAAGAAUUGGAUUGGAGGCCGGGACGGCUGGGGCAUGAAAAUCAGGGUACUGGUGGUGGAAGAGGAUUUACUGGUGAGCCCGACUUUGGCCGAUUUUGAGUAA